AUGGCCCUCAUCGCCUGGGUGGAGGAAGAGGCUGAACUGUGGGGGCCAGACGCCCGCGACCCGGAGUUGGGAGCGUGUCUGGCAGGAGAAGGCACGGGUUCCAGAACCACGGAAGAGAAAGGACUGAGAGAAGGCACCGGGGCCCUGGAGCAGAUCCUUCCUACGGACGCUCGGCCCCUUGGGCUGAAGGCUCUCACACCCCCUUCUGCUGGUCUCCCUUACAGUUUGGAGCAGCCAUCCACGGUGCCUCACCGGGGCCGCCCCCCACUCUUUGCCCAUCCCCCUGUCCCAAGGGCAGACCAGCGUCAUGGUUGCUACCUCUGUGGGAAGAGUUUCGCCUGGCGUUCCACUCUGGUGGAGCACCUGUACACCCACACGGGUGAGAAGCCCUUCUCUUGCCCUGACUGUGGCAAAGGCUUCGGCCAGGCCUCCUCUCUGAGCAAGUACCGCGCCAGCCACUGUGGGGAGCCCUGUGGCCGGGCCUUCACCCAGCGCUCUGCCCUCACCACCCACCUACGGGUCCACACGGGUGAGAAGCCCGACCUCUGUGCUGACUGCGGCCACGGCUUCAGCCAGAGCUCUGCCCACUACCAGCAUCAGCGGGUCCACAGGGGCGAGACCCCCGUCCCUUGCCCAGACUGUGGCCGUGCUUUUGCCCACGCCUCAGACCUUCGGCGCCACGUGCGCACCCAUACAGGCGAGAAGCCCUACCCGUGUCCAGACUGUGGGCGCUGCUUCCGGCAGAGCUCCGAAAUGGCAGCCCACCGGCGAACCCACAGCGGGGAGCGCCCCUACCCCUGUCCUCAGUGCGGCAGGUGCUUUGGCCAGAAGUCGGCCAUGGCCAAGCACCAGUGGGUCCACAGGCCUGGUGCCGGGGGACGCAAGGGCCAGGGUGCCAGUGGGUUGCCUGUGCCCCUGACCCCUGGCCAAGGGGACCUGGACCCACCUGUGGGCUUCCAGCACUACCCAGAGAUCUUCCAGGAGUGUGGGUGAUGGCCUCAAAGGUGAGAAGACAAAGGGUGAAGAUCUAAACAUUUCCUGAGGCCCAAGCUGGAAUCAGUCCUGAACCUCUGGGGGUGCCAGGGAGGUCAUAGAAUUUCUUGUAAGAGCUGGCCAUGGGGGACGAGCGCCAUCAUGUUUUAGGCCUCUCCAGCUUGACAGGGGCCUAGCCUACAAGCCCCCUUUGCUGAGUUAGGACUGAGGUAAGAACGCCGCUGACCUCCGCUGUGGGAAGAAAAGGCCGUUUCUCAGAUGUGUUAAGAGGAUUGAGGUGGAAGAGAACCUUGUUUUACCCGUUUGCCUUUUCACUGCCUAAGUUAAAAACUGGUGGCCAUGCACUGAAUCUGGCCUGCAGCUCUUUUAUGUUUUGGCCUAGUCAGAAUUUUAAAAUGUUACAAAUUAUUGGUUAAGAUUUCACACAAAAUCCGGGUUUCUGACUUCUCUUGAGAAAUCCAAAGAUUUGGCAACUCUGCCUGAACUCCCACAAAACCACAGCUGGCAGGAGCCGGGGCAGCUGUUCCCGUUGGAUGGAGCCGGACCUGUGCUCCGGUUCAGCGUGCUCGCCACCCUCAUCAGCUCCCGACCAGCGUCGGCUGGCGCUCAUGGCUUGCCCACGUCUCUUCCAGGCAGGCUCGCUCCACCUCGUGUUUUCCUCGCCUUUACGUGACCUGUUGGGCUCCUGUGGUAAUUGGAGUUUGCAAACCGUGGUCUAUGGCAGCCGUCGCCAACCUUUUGGACCUCACAGACCCCCAGUGGUCCACGGACCACCGGUUGGCGUCUGCUGGUCUAUAGCAUUCAAGUUUUCCUGAAUCAGGGAUUUACAUAGAGGGCAUAUAUGUGAAAGGGCACAGGAGAGAAGUAAAAGCAGGCUUUAUUUUAGAUCUUGCUUGCAUUGUAUCUUAUGGUUCACAAAGUACUAUCUUUUCCAUGAACUUAUUUCGCCCUCAUAACUGCCUGGUCAGGAGGAGGCAGGCAGGCCUGCAUCUGCCCUGCACCAGCGGCAUUUCUGCCACAGCCGACCGGGAGUGCCCGCAGCCAUCCCUGGGCCUCCCUGGGAGAGCCAUAUGGUUCAGGCCUUAUCCACCCUAGACCCAACCGGGAGGGCCUCAUCACGUUUUAGAACUGGAAGAGAUUUGAGCAUUUGCAGUUGGGGACACUGAGAUUGGGGAAGGCUAAGCAACCUGACCCAGGUCACACACAGAGAUGGCGGGGUCUUGGUUUACUGUUGCCUUGAUCACACUGCUCCUGAAUUUCUUAGUGUCUCAGCCAGGGUUCUGGGGUAUCUGCCCACUCCCUCUGAGGGCACCCAGGCACUGACCAGGACAGGAGACAGCCCAGCCCUGUGUCAGUGAAGCCCAGGUAUGAGAUGAGUGGAAAAAUGGCCAUGUAGCCGACCAAGGCGAGGGAGAAACCAGCCUGAGAUGAGAGUUCAGGGCAAACGGAAGCAAAGCUGAUCUUCACUAUGUGCCCACCAUCAUGAACUAGGCCAGGGACAUUGGGAGAAGUAGCCAGAGGGAAUUGUACUCAUCUACAUUCCCAAGCUCUGCACACAAUCUCUGCCCGCUCACCUUGUGACUCCAUUAGCCCUAUUAACAAUUCCUUUGUGGUCAGAGCCCAGCCUUGUCCAGGCGAUGGAAGCAGCCAGCCAUGGGCAGACCCUCUGGUCAGGACACCCUUCACCUGAGGAGGAAUAGGGGUUAUGUCCUCUGCUGGCCCGUGUGUACUUGCCUUUACUCAGCCCCGUGUCUGCCUACCUCAGGGAGAAAGAUUUGUCAAUCUGGAGAAACUUCUAAAGAGAAGAUUUGGGGAAAAGACACUGCUCAGGUGAAGUCAUGAACUGACUUGAUUCCAAGUCUGAGCCCACCUGAACUUUCAUGGAGGACUGGCUGGUGUGCCACCUUGUCCUAAGUGGGACAUGGUGUGAGAAGGCACCUUAGUGGUAGGAGCUACCUUUGUACCAGCUUUUAAUUCCCUAAAGAAGGCAGUGUGCAUCUAACUCUCAGGCUGCCUGGGAAAACCCAGCCUGAAACACCAUUCUCACUCAGCUCAGACUCAAAGCCCAGUUUGGACCCUAGCCUCAGCCGAUUAAAGAUGCCAUAAUUACUACUUUCUCUGAGUGCUUUGAAGUUUGCAAGGCUUGCUUAGGGCCCAAACUCCAGACCCAGCUCUUCUGCUUCCUGCCUCAGGACCCAACUUAGCACCAUUAAAAGAUAAUCCUGUCAUGAAAUA